CAUACUCUUACUGCCCUCUUGUCUGACCUGUUUCAUCCUUGCGUGUUCUCGUUCCUACCGAGGUCUGCUCAACUUGGUUUCUAGGUCUUUGCCCUUCGCGAGGUAGUCGUUGGUCGCAUUUUAAUCUCGUAUUCCCAAGGGCAGUGCACAAUCCGCAACAUGGUGGGCGUCUCUCAUAAUGAGACAUCUCAGGAGACUGGGAGGAACACUUCUAUACAAUCAGAGAAUGAGAGCAUAAACCCUGCGUCAAUUAGCCGAUAUAUUAUCACGCGGCUGCCGACGUUGGUGCCGCCAAUGAAUCCAGCGCCUAAUCCUAUCAAGAUGCUCGCUCUUCUCAACAGGCAGCAAUGGUUAUUCUUUUUGGUCGCUUUCUGUGGCUGGACUUGGGACGCGUUCGAUUUCUUCACCGUCUCCUUAACGACCACCGAGCUAGCCAAAACCUUCGACAAGUCUGUGACGGAUAUUACAUGGGGCAUCACUCUCGUGCUCAUGCUACGAUCAGUUGGUUCUGUUCUCUUUGGUAUUGCUGCUGAUCGUUGGGGCCGUAAAUGGCCGUUUAUCGUCAAUAAUAUCCUGUUUAUCGUUCUGGAGCUGGGAACAGGAUUCUGCAACACUUACAAACAAUUCCUGGCCUGUCGAGCUCUCUUUGGCAUUGCCAUGGGCGGUCUAUACGGAAAUGCUGCUGCAACAGCAUUGGAGGACUGCCCCUUCGAAGCUCGCGGGUUCGUCUCAGGGCUCUUGCAACAGGGCUACGCUUUCGGAUAUUUGCUGGCAACGGCCUUCUCUCGUGCUCUUGUCGAUACCACCUCACAUGGCUGGAGGCCAUUGUACUGGUUUGGUGCCUGCCCUCCUGUACUUAUUAUUCUUUUCCGUCUCUGUCUCCCUGAAACAAAAGCGUUCAGAGAGCGUCAGGCAACUCGACAAGAGGUCCGAGACAACAUAACCGCUACCUUCCUUACUGAGGGCAAAGUGGCUUUAAGGCGGCAUUGGCUUAUUCUGAUCUACUUGGUGCUGCUCAUGAGUGGAUUUAACUUUAUGUCUCACGGUUCCCAAGAUCUUUACCCUACUAUGCUGAAGAACCAAUUCAAUUUCUCUGCCGACGCCGUAACUGUGACCCAGGUGCUUGCCAACCUUGGAGCAAUGCUGGGCGGCACAUUAUGUGGCUGGGCCAGCCAGAUUUUCGGCCGCCGAUUCUCUAUUAUUUUCAUGAGCAUUGUGGGUGGAGCUCUUCUCUAUCCAUACUCUUUCGUGACAUCCAAGGCUGUCAUGGCAGCGGCCUUCUUCGAGCAGUUCUGCGUACAAGGUGCGUGGGGCGUCAUCCCCAUCCACCUGAUGGAGCUCUCACCGGGCUCGAUCCGUACUUUCGUCGUCGGCACAGCCUAUCAGCUUGGCAAUCUUGCCUCAUCCGCGAGUUCAACCAUCGAGUCGAGAAUAGGGGAGCGCUUCCCUCUUCCGGACACUAAGAUCACCGAUCGCUACAAUUACGGCAAGGUUAUCUGCAUAUUCAUGGGAUGUGUAUUCGGAUAUACGAUUCUGAUAACACUCAUCGGGCCCGAGAAGCUAGGUCAGGAAUUCGAUAUCGAGCAUGACUCGGACAUGCUGGAGGUUGCCGGUCACCAGAGCCUCGAUGAACCACGGGAAAGUGACAUUGAAAAGGGCAUUACUUCGCAGCAGGCUGAAAACAUUGCAUCAUGA